AGUAGAGCGACGAGCGUCGCUGCUCUGCUCGCUUGACAGAGCAGCGCAACGACACUCAAGCGAGCAUCCCUGCUCUGCUCGCUCGGCAGAAGCGGAAGUUGAGUCACCAAAGGAGAUGAAGACAAAACCUGAGAUCUUUCAAUCUCAGCAGAAUCCUGUAUCAAGGAACGAAGAUUUGUGCUUCCACAGCCCUGAGAUUAGCUCAAAUCUUCAUUUUGCUGAUUCACAGACCAAAGUGGAGAGCAUGGUUUAUUCAGAUGGCAGUUUGAGAUCCAGGAAUAGGAACCUAGGCCAGCUAUCUUUCUAUGAUGCCAUGCUGCCAAAUCCAGGCGGUCUUGCAGGAAAUGAGCAUCUGGGUGGGAAAAUGGAGGUACGAGGAGCCUAUGGUCUGUAUCAUUCUGCGGAAGACUUCGGCAUGAGUGGAUGAUGCUGAUCGGUGCCACGGAUCUGCCCCCCCCCCUCUUUUCUUCCAUAUAGCAUAACUUGCCUGCCAUGCUAAUGCUGAUGCUGA